AUGGGCCCUGCUCAAUCGCCCCCUCUCCAUCACCCUGUGCCCCAGCACGUUUCGACCGUCCCGCAGUUGCGCUCCCCUCCUCCGCCCAUGACACAACAACAGCAACAGCAGCACGCCCAGCAGCAGCAGCAGCAAUAUGGCUAUGCCCCAUCCAACUACGGCCAGCCUCCUUUUGGCGGAUUCAUCAAUGAUCCCACUGCUCAGAUGGGCUUCCAGAUGGGCAAGACGGCCGUCGCUGCUGGUCAGGAGUACAUGGAGCAAAACUUCAACCGCUAUGUCAAUGUCUCGGCCAUGAAGCACUACUUCAACGUCUCGAACAAAUAUGUCGUCAACAAGCUCUUUAUAGUUCUCUUCCCCUGGCGCCAUCGUCCCUGGUCGCGCCAACAGCAGCCCAUGGCCAACAGCGCCCAGUCUGGUCCCAUGUUCCUGCCUCCUCGCGAGGACAUCAACAGCCCCGACAUGUACAUUCCAGUCAUGGCCUUUGUCACCUAUAUCCUGUUGUCCACCCUGCUUGCUGGUCUGCAAGGCGCCUUCCGUCCAGAGUUGCUCGGCAUGACUGCUACCAAUGCCUUCGCCGUCGUCAUCAUUGAACUCCUGCUUCUCAAGCUCGGUACCUACCUAUUGAACAUCUCGAACGAGUCCCAAUGGCUAGAUCUGGUUGCUUAUUCUGGCUACAAAUUUGUCGGAAUCAUCUUUACCAUUGCCCUGGCUACCAUCAUGACAGGCGGUAAGGGUACUGGUGGUUAUGUUGGCUGGUCUGUCUUUGCCUACACUUACCUGGCCAAUGCCUUCUUCCUUCUCCGCUCGCUCAAAUAUGUCAUCCUCCCAGAUACUGCCUCAGGCGCACAUAAUCCUAUUGCUCGCUCGCAGAGGACCAAGAGGACCUACUUCCUCUUCGUGUACUCGUACAUCAUCCAGCUGGCUUUUAUGUGGUGGCUGAGCAGUUUGUAG